GAGGCCGAGAUUGAGCGUGGCCUCCUUUUGAUGGGAGGUUCCAGGGAGGCCAUCUCCGAGAAUCACCAUUGCAAGAAGGACCCAAGACACAGAAACACUCACGACCGAGCUGCCCAGGGUGCAAAGGGCGGAGUUCUCGGAGGCGGCAAUGGUGUCCGCG